AUGGAAAGAGUAAAAGAGAAAUUGGCAGUAGAGUUUGAAAUCAAGGACAUGGGAUUCAUGAGAUAUUUUCUAGGUAUGGAGGUUGCUAGGUCAAAGAAUGGUAUUAUGGUUUCACAACAGAAAUACAUUCUAGACUUGUUGAAAGAAACAAGAAUGUGUGGAUGUCGUCUUGCAGUUAGUGUAGUGAGUCAACUUAUGCAUUCUCCUUUAGAGAAACAUCUUGAGGCAGUCUAUAGGAUACUGAGAUAUUUGAAGGGAAAUACUGGAAAAGGAUUAUUUUUUAAGAAGACUAGUGAAAGAAAUGUGUCUAUCUUCACUGAUGCCGAUUGGGCAGGUUCAGUGACAGAUAGAAGAUUAUCCUCUGGAUAUUGUACCUAUGUUUGGGGUAAUCUUGUGACAUGGAGGAUUAAGAAACAAGGAGUUGUAGAAAGGAGUAGUGCAUAG